AUGGCGGUUUCGUUUAAUUUAAAUGCACCUCCAUCGGUGAAUCCGGCAACAGGCGAUAAUGGUGACCUUCCGCAUGACCCCGCGGAUAAGGAUGAGGAGGAAGGGAAUCCGAUUCCAGGCAAAAAGUCUGAGGGGGUCAUUCCACUUCUUAACUCGAAUGCGGAGACGGAGGUUCUUGUCAGGAAAUUGACUGGUGGUGAGGGUGGCUGGACAUCGAGAGGAGAUAGAUAA